UUUUUUGUAGUGUGAUUAUCAUCUAACUUAAUCACCGCUCCACGUUUCACUUCUGCUUACUUGGUGUGCAUGACGGAGAGUCGCUUGUCUGCAUCGUGUCUCGAUUAAAUGCAGUUCCCGACUUACAAUGUCCACCUUGACCCUGUCAUGACUUUAUUAGCAUAUAUUCAAUGCAACGAGUUCAGAUCUUUUUUCCAAGAUAGUACUACAGUCCGAGUCGUAGACCCUUUUCUGGCAACACGAGACUCGGCUGCUUGGUUCCGUUCCGCCAUCACUACGUUUGCUCUUCACCUGGUCACUCACUGUGAUACUCAAGCUCAAGGCGUGCUAAAUUCUGAUCUCAAACUCAGUUUUGAAAGAAGAUGCAGAGACAAACCGACGGCUACGGUCAACUUUUGCCUGACCAAGUAGAUCGGAUCUCCAGUCUUUUUGAUGCCCACCUUGAUCUAUUAGCUGAUGUCUGCGAACUGUACACCGAUAGGGCAGCGUUAGAACGCGAGUAUGCAGUAAAAUUGCAGCAGUUUGCGAAGAAAGCAGGCGAAAAAAAGAACAAGAGUGCACUAUCACUAGUCGUCGGGGACAAUCCCGCCAAGGCUUGCACGGAAAGUAUCAUUCAACAGAACACCCUGAAUCGUGCAUACUCUGAGAUCUUGUCAUCGAUGUCAAAUUCUGCUCAGGACCAGAUCAACCUAUCGGAGGCAUUGUCAUCUCAAAUUGCAGGAUCUCUGAAGGCUGUUAAGCGCCGCAAUGAUGAUUACAAGAAAAAGCAAAUGCAGUUCUAUCACUCGAUUCUAGCUGGACGCGAUAAGAUCUAUGCUGAACACAUCAAGAGCAAGCAAAAAUACGACGCCGAUUGCGCCGAAGUUGAAGUUCAUCGUCAAAAGUCUGCGCACGAUCGACACGUGGAACGCUCAGCCAGACAAUAUGAACUGCAGAGGCUUGAGAUGCUUAAUAGCAAGAAUGUCUAUAUUAUUUCAACUGCAAUCGCCAACAGCGCGAAGACGAAGUUUUAUACCGAGGACCUGCCAAAUCUUGAAGAUUCUUUCCAGGAAUUACAGACUCGUCUAGUGAUGGAUUUCGUUGGUGUUAUGAGAGAGGCCCAGAAUAUCCAAUUGUCACACCAAGAUAUCUUGAAGGACCGUCUUACAGCCGUUAUCACCGCCUUGACUGAAGUGCAACCCGAUAAGGACCAAACGCUUUUCGUAGAAUCCAACAUCCGUCCGUUCAGCCUACCCAACGAUUGGGUAUUUGAACCAUGUUCGAACCACUACGAUACGGGAGAUAUUUGCAUUGAUUCAGGUCCCAAGGUACUCUUACAAAAUAAGCUCGCGCGCUCGCGAGCUAAAUUAAGAGAACUGAACCCUGUGCUUGGAAAAAAACGGGCCGACGCCGAGAAAUAUCAUGUCACGGCUUGCACCAUCGAUGACACACCUGGAGACACGGGUGACGCCAUGAGCAGCUAUCUUGAUACUGCCCACGAGGUCACCGCCCUCUCGACCUCAGCAUCUGUCCUGAACUCGGAAAUCAAUACAAUCGCCAGUGUCCUGGGGGGCGACGAGGGAGGUUCGAGCCCACACGUUUUCAAGAGCUCGGCCUUUUCAAUACCUACAACAUGCGGAUACUGUAAGGUAUCGAUCUGGGGUCUAAGUAAGCAAGGAAAGACCUGUAAAAGUUGUGGCUUAUCAGUGCACUCUAAAUGCGAGUUAAAUGUACCUGCAGAGUGCAGUAAUGUUCACGGCAAGUACAAAGCCUCGGAAAUCCUGCAGUCUCCCUCUUCUGCCAUGUCUAUAUCGGAGAGUAGAUCAUCGGUAUCCAUUAGCUCCAGAAAAACUCCAAUGCCAUCAUCUUCUGUGCCACACAAUUCAUCAUUGCACGCGGAAGAAAAGCAUCGAUUGGCUCGUGCUAUCUUCGACUUCGCGGCGUCCUCGUCCUUCGAAUUGAAUGUGACAGAGGGUGCUGUUGUGCAUGUGCUAGAGGAAGACGAUGGUUCCGGAUGGGUUAAGGUGGCUAACUCCGAUGGUGAGAAAGGGUUGGUCCCUGCGACCUAUUUGGAAGACGCAGGCGAAUGGCCAUUGGAAAAAUCUGAACCCUCUCGACAACGUUCUCAGCAAGCAUCAGGCACAUAUGUACGGGCUCUCUACGACUAUCGAGCUCAAGAACCAGGAGAGCUUACGAUAAGUGAGGGGGACUUGGUUGAGCUGUCCUCUGGAACAAACGGAGGUCAAAAUUACGCAGACGGUUGGUGGGAAGGGUUUUCCGGAGACGGGAAGAAGGGGAUAUUUCCCAGUAAUUAUGUGAUUUUAGCUUGAAUAUUUCGCAACGGUCCUAUCGCUGCCGUUAGUUGACAAUAGAUUUUUCGAACACCCUGGUAGUCGAAACCAAAUUGGAAAAUUAUGGGCAUUAAUUCCGUGGUG